GAUAUGAAGGUUAUCAUUCUGUGCUUCUUUGGUGUCGUGCUCGGAUGCAUAAUCCAAGUUAAUGCAUCAGUUAGAAGCUUAAGAUUUCAAGUGGUAAAUUCUGAUCACACUAGGCUAUGCACCCAAAAGACAAUGCUCACCGUAAAUGGGCAGUUCCCGGGACCAACCAUAUAUGCCCGGAGGGGAGAUCUUGUCACAGUCGAUAUUGCUAAUCAUUCCGAUCAAAAUAUAACCAUCCAUUGGCAUGGAGUAAAAAUGCCGAGAUAUCCGUGGUCGGAUGGGACCAAUUAUGUGACACAGUGCCCAAUUCAACCCGGCAUGAAGUUUAAGCAACGGAUCAUCCUCUCUGAUGAGGAAGGCACUUUGUGGUGGCACGCUCAUAGCGACUGGUCUCGGAAUUCUGUGCACGGCGCUCUCGUCAUUCUACCGCCGAGGAGGGAGUCGUAUCCCUUCCCUAAGCCUCAUGCCCAUGUUCCCAUCUUAAUUGGAGAGUGGUGGAAAGGUGAUGUUCAAAAGGUGAUGGAGGAUUUUCUAGGUGGUGGAGGAGAGCCUCUAGUUUCUGAUGCUUUCCUCAUCAAUGGCCAACCUGGAGACCUGUAUCCAUGCUCAACACAAGAUACAUACAAAUUGAGUGUGGAGUUUGGAAGGACGUACUUGUUCCGAUUAAUUAACGCGGUGAUGGACAACAUCAUGUUCUUCAAAAUCGCAAACCACAGCUUCACCAUCGUCGGCACCGACGGCGCUUAUACGAAGCCGCUGCGGACGGAUUACGUCGCGAUAUCCCCGGGCCAAACCAUUGAUUUGCUUCUAGAAGCGAACCAGCCGCCCGGCCAUUACUACAUGGCCGCGCGGAUAUACGUGGUCGGGGGCAAAUACGUGAGCACCCCGACCACUGGGAUCAUCCAGUAUGUCGGGAACUACACCCCGUCUCCACCUCUGCUUCCGUCUUUUCCCGAAUACAGCGACACUGUAUCGUCCUUUCAUUUCACUAGCAUGCUCAGAAGUAGCGUUGCUACAAGUAUUCCUGACAGGGUGAAGAAGAGAUUGUUCUUCACCCUGUCAAUCAAUUUGUCCCCAUGCACGAAAAGUUCGUGUGUGGGGACCACUAGGCUGAUGGCUAGCAUGAACAAUUUGACGACGCUGCUGCCCAUGGACAUGAACGUGGUGGAGGCGUACUACAGAGGGAUCGGGGGGGUUUACGAUACUGGCUUCCCGGAGUAUCCGGCUCGGGCUUUCAACUACACUGAAGUUAGCGUGCCAAAGAAUGAGUCUGCUUCAGAGCUCGGAAGGGCUGUUAUUGUUGUGGAGUAUGGCACCGCGAUGGAAGUGGUGUUUCAGGCGACCAACCUCGCCAAAAGCGUUGAUCAUCCCAUGCAUUUGCACGGAUACAGCUUCUACGUUGUUGGAUCCGGGCUUGGGGAUUUCGAUCCGACAAGGGAUCCACCCAAGUAUAAUCUUGUCGACCCGCCGUUGAUGCAAAACAUCGCAGUGCCUAGAAACGGAUGGACCGCUAUCAGAUUUAAGGCCAACAAUCCAGGAGUUUGGUUCAUGCACUGCCAUUUCGAGCGUCAUUUGAGUUGGGGAAUGAAGGUGGUGUUCAUCGUUAAGGAUGGGGAACGAGCCGAUGAGAAGAUGUUGCCGCCGCCGGCGGAUAUGCCAAGUUGCGGUGGACAAGUCUCGUCUCCUACUCCUCUUGUAUUUGGUGCCAUACUAGGGAAGAAGAGAGGUGAGGUUGAAUGA